GAUGGGCUUGGGGCUGGCAGUUGUCACGGUAACGUGACAGGGUUAGCGACGACCGAGGUGACAUGGUGAGGUUGGCGGUUGCCAUGGCAGGGUGGGUGGUUGCUAUGGUGACAUGGAGGGGAUGACCGGUUGCCAUGUUGGAAUUGGUGGUUGCCAUAGUGACAUGGCCAGGUCCAGGGUUGCCACAAUGACAUGGCGGGGAGGGUGUGGUUGCCAUGGUUGCACAGCGGCCAUUUUACCCAGGCCACUCUGGCCAUUGAGGGGCUCAGGCUUCGCCCUGGGCACUAGGCCCCAAACCGGAAGUGUCUCCCACUCAAUCAGGGCCUCCCCCACCAGGCACCCCUCCCGCUCUGCCACCAAAACCCUCCUCCAAUCACUUCUGGGUCCCUGAGCCAAUUGGACGGUGAUUGGAUCAACGGGAUGUCGAUCAAUCUCUGUCUCGCCACAUUACCCUGCCGCAGCCAAUUAGUCUGCUGGAUUUUAGAGUGACAGAAGCAGUGACCAAUAAAAAUCCGUCUGGUCGCAGAGAAAACCCGCCCCCAGGUCGCUGAUGGGCAUCGGAUCGGUGCUGUCAAUCAAGAUUUUCUCCCCGCCAAGAGCCAAUACCCGCCUCUUUCCCCAUCAGCCAAUAAAAUAAAGCUGAGGCUUGAUAGACGGGGUAGAAGCCAAUAGGAAUAGCCUGUGUCGCCGCCACUAGGAAGAGGUUUCUAAACAGCAUUACCCAAUAGGAGAUGGGCAGAUUUUGAUUGACAGCCAGAAGAGCCAAUAGAAAUGUUAGAUGCCGUAAGGCAGGUUUUACUGAGCAGCAGCCAAUGGACUCCCUCGCUAAAUGUGAUUGACAACGGUGGUGUCCAUUGAGCGAGCGGGAGCGUUGAUUGGCCGUCGGGGUGGCCAAUGGGAUUAUCUAGGGGAAGGAGGAGGCGUUCCCGUCCAGGGGGGGCGGAAGAUGGCGGCAGGAACGGGCCCGGGGGUCCCGGACGGGGGCCCCGAGGUGCCAAACCGCGACCGCGGCGCCUUCGAAUGUAACAUCUGCCUGGAGCCGGCCCGGGAGGCGGUGAUCGGGCUCUGCGGGCACCUGUACUGGCCCAUCCCCCACGCUGUCUCUGCCCUCCCCAGAUUGAAGACCCCCCCUCGGCCGCGGGGGCAGCGCCCAGAGCCGGAGAGCCGUGGGGGCCUGCCUCCGCCCUACCACGACGCCGGCUUCCACAUGGCCUUUGGCAUCGGAGCCUUCCCCUUCGGGGUCUUCACCACCGUGCUGCGGGGGCCCGAGGCCAGAAUGAAGCCGGCGCCCCCCGUCCCUCGGGCUGGCAGGAUUCGCUCUUCCUCUUCCUGGCCAUCUUCUUCUUCUUCUGGCUCCUCAGCGUCUGACCCCAGGGGGCCCAGCCCCCCAACACGGCCCCAGGACACUGCUGGACUCGACCUGCCCCGCCCCCAACACGGGCCCAGGACACUGCCGGACUCACGCCCUGCCCCGGCCCACACGGACGAGGAGGGGGGUCUCCCCGCCCCCUGUGCGGGCUGAGAACGGGGGACUGAUGGUGGGUUUGGGGGUGAUGUGGGCCCCCAAGGGGCUGGGCUGACCCCCGCUUACACUACACAAUAUAAAUGUCUGUGGCACCCCUGCAGGCAGGCCCAGGAACUGCAGCUGGACAGGAGCGCAGCCGGGGGGUGCCCCGUGCUAGUGGGGGUGGUUUGGGGGGCAGCAGGAGCCGGGGGGGGCUCUCUGGCUAUUGGUAUAAUGGUGGUUGAAUGGAGGUGAAGAGCGGCUGGGAAUGGAGGGUGGGGGGCAGGGGGGAUGUGGGGUUCACAGUGUACGUUCCCAGCACUGAUUAAAACACCAGUGAUUCUUUA